AUGUUACUUCCCCGUCAAGAGAUUUCAGAUGGCUGGGAACAAGAAGAUCCUACAGGCAUCCAGGAAGUGGUGGGCCGGGCCCCAGACAUCGUCAUCAUGUUUGACUGCUCCAUGGACACGAUGGUUCGGAGAGCGCUGCGCCGGGGCCGCAUAGAGCACCGGGCAGAUGACUGUGAGUCGGCCAUCCGCCAGCGCCUGGAGACGUACUACACGCUGUGUGAGCCAGUCUUGACCUUCUAUCAGCAGAAGAACCUGCUCUGUAAUAUCUUGGCAGAAGCAGCUCCAGAAAACAUUUUUGCCAAGUGCUGUUCUGUCAUUGAAAGCCUGCAGUGAUGGGAGGGGUUGGGGGCUCUGCCUUCGCCCUCAUCCCAGAACCCACACGGGGUUCAGAAGGGGCGCAGUGCC